CCUGUGCGCAUGCGCGUGAAUCAGGAAACAUGGCGGCGCUCAGUCAGUUAUCAAGUGGAAGCCCUGCAUAUGAGAGCUUCUACAGACAGGUGGAUCCGGGAAACACUGGGAAAGUGGGCGCUGCAGAAGCCGCUCAGUUCUUAAAGAAAUCCGGGCUUUCGGACAGCACAUUGGGUCAGAUCUGGGAUCUGUCAGACCCAGAGAGAAAAGGUUACUUGGAUAAAAAGGGUUUCUUCGCUGCUCUGAGGCUGGUGGCUUCUGCUCAAGGAGGAAGUGAUGUCAGUCUAAACGGUCUAAGCCAGAACAUCUCUGCACCCAUCCCUAAAUUUAGAGAUGCCGGCAGCCCGUCCCUGAACAUCACAACCUCUGCUGCUGAUUCCAGCUGGACAAUAAAGCCAGAAGAUAAAGCCAAGUAUGAUGGGAUAUUUGAGAGUCUGUCUCCGAUUGGUGGGCUGCUGUCAGGUGAUAAAGUGAAACCAGUCCUAAUGAACUCAAACCUGCCUCUCGAUGUGCUUGGAAAGAUUAAGCGGAAGAAGAUCGCAGGCGCUCUUCCGGGAUCCGUUCCUGUUCUUCCCUCUAGUCCGUUCCUCCUAAAGGAGAACCUGCGGCCCACGCCGGUGCUUUCCAAGAGUCCUCUGGGUAGCAGCUCAAAUCUGUCUCCGUCGAACUCAUUCAAGCGCUCCACCCCGACACCACCGCAGCCUCAAACACACACACAGGCAUCCUCUGAUCACUGGGUGGUGCAGGCGGAAGACAGAGAGCAGUACGAGGAGAUCUUUGAACUGGCAGACUCUGAUUUUGAUGGGAUGGUUGGAGGAGGUGAAGUAAAGGAUAUCUUCAUGAACUCUCGGCUGCCUCAGAGUGUGCUGGCACACAUAUGGUCACUGGCGGACACUCAGCAUACGGGCAAGCUCACCAAAGAGCAGUUCUGUCUGGCGAUGCACCUGAUUGAGGAGAAGGUGAAAGGAGUGGAUCUUCCUCAGAGUCUGACCCCUGAGAUGAUACCACCGUCAGAGAGAGGAGCCGCCAGCACUCCGAUUGUCUCUGGAUUCACACCAUCAGUCACAUCUGAGUUGACCCCGUUGACCAGUCUGAGCAGGGACAGCAGCAGUUCUGUUGGGUUGGUUGAGCAUCAAGUCGAUGACAUCAACCAGGAAAUCUCCCAGCUGCAGAGUGAGAAACGCAUAUUGGAGACAGAAAUCAGGCAGAAAGAGGAAGCCCUGCGACAGAGGAACAGUGAAGUGCAGGAGGUGCAGAGAUACCUGGAGGGUGAAAACGUGGGCCUUCAGGAUUUGGAGCACCAGAAACGGGAUGCUCAGGAGCGACUCGGUGAGAUGGAGCAGCGGAGAGCCAAACUGGAGAGCACGCUGGACGAGAACAAGAACAAGUGGCAGGAGGAGAACGCUAAAAUCACAUCGCUGCAGACACAGAUCCUGUCUCAGGAGUCAGACGUACAGACGCAGGAGAAGGCGAUGAGCAGAACGAAGACGGACCUGUACUGUCUGGAACAAGAGGAGCAGCGUUUGGAGGAGAGUCUGCAUGCUGGGAAAGCCAAGCUGGACAGCAUCCUCAAACUGCUGAAGAUAUCGCAGGACGAGAUGGACCAGACACGCAGUGAGCUCCGUGAGAUACAGGAGGUUCAGCGGGAGCUCAAUAAGACCAUCGAGCUCUACAGCAAAGCUCUGAACGACAGCACGACCAGCCUGGCCGACCUUGACCAGCUCAUCGCUGAGGAGAGCUCCACCGCUGACGCCAAGGUCAGGAAUGCCCUCCUCAUGUGCUCCUGUGGGCUGAAGUGCACCUGCUUUUGAGAGACACAGGUGUAUGUGUACGUUGAACUUUAGGCUGAUGAUACACGGGGCAACUUUUUGAGCAAUAUUGUUGGCAUCAACAGGCAACUAGGUGAGACACAGGGCCUACGACUGAUUUAAAGUAUCCAGAUAGAAAUUUGUUACCCAUUCUCA